GUUAACCACAAGCUGACUUUGUCAAGAAUCAGGAAGUAUUAUGAGAUCAGCAUUAGAUUAGAAGAACAUUGUGAGUAGGCAACUGUGUAUUCUAUGUGUGUGAUUGGAAAACGUACUUGUCAGAAUUGUUCGCCUGGGUUGAUUUAUUGUAUUGAGCUUCUUCAUCAUUUGGUGUGAUGUCAGGUGCCAAUGGUACCAGGAGCUUACAACCAAGUACUCAAAUUGCUUUAACAUUUUUAAUGUCUACACUAGCUUUUGCUAUAAUGCUAGGAAAUGCUGUGGUCAUAUUAGCUUUUGUGGUGGACAAAAACCUUAGACAUCAGAGUAAUUAUUUUUUUCUUAACUUGGCCAUUUCUGACUUCUUUGUGGAGGAGUGGCUCUCUGUGCGCGGUGCAUUCUGGGAAUCCAGGUCAGGCUCGCUGCCGCCUUUGCCUGAGGGGAGCGAGAAGAGGCCACGAGCAGGAGAAAACGCCGGCUUGGCCGCCAGCGCGCAGUCCACUCCACAGCAGCCGCCGCCAGAGAGGCCCGUCCACUCCUUCGCCUGCCCCCUGCCCCGUGCCCCGUGCAGCCUGUGUCUGCGAAAAGGUAUGAUGGAAGCACUGGUCUUCCUUGACUUUUGUGUUGGACACAGUAACGGUGUUCGUGUGAACUUUGAAAAACCCGAGCUUACUUCCCGUUGUCUGGGAGGAAGGGAUGAUUUUAAAGCUUUACCUGAAUUUGAUCUUUUUCACUGUACUGAUCCAGUGGUUACAAGCCUAACAGGAAGGACAGAUCAUUUUGUGAUGUUUCCGAAAUGGGGAAUGUGGAUUAAGGAAAGAAAGGCGAGGUCUUGAUGACGGCCAUUCUAUGGCUGCAAGGUGGAAUCUUAACAGGGUUUUCUUUCCAUUUCCUUUAUGGCCGGGAUGUGCAGCAUUUCUUCGUGUGGUUUUACCCAUUUGCACUUCUUCCUUGAAACGCUCUGCUCGUUUCCUUUGCCCUAUUCUUCUUUGGGUCAUUGAGUUUUGGAAGUUCAAUUUUCCGAGUCCCUAUAUAUUCUGGUUAUUAAUCUUUGUGAGAUGAAUAGCUGGCAAAGAUUUUCUCCCAUUCUGUGGACUGCCUCUUUGGGAUCUGGUGACCAUUGUGUUGUGCAGAAGCUUUUUAGUUUCAUGCAGUCCCAUUUGUCAAUCCUUUCUCUUAGCUGUGGAGCCAUUUGAAUUCUAUUUAGA